UCAACAUCAUUGGAAUGGUCUCUGGCUUGCUUCUCAUUGCGACAAAUGCCUGCAAUAUCCGCGCUGAGUUGACGCAUUUACUGGUGUUUAUUCCAAGUUGCAUAGCUGUAAAUAGCUGUAUUCUCGCGAAAAAUUACUGAAAAUCACAUCAACAUGCAGAUGGUUGAAGAGUCCCAAAGUAAAACAAAAAAGUCUGCAAAACGACGUCAAGAUAGCGAAACACACAUGGAGGUCGAGACAGUAAACGGUAUUGAGGGAAAGUCUAAAUCAAAAUCUGCGACUAAACGUUUGAAGAAUGUCGAGGGUACAGAACAGCGAAAGGUUCCAGUACCUGCACAUAGAUACUCCCCUCUGAAGGAAAACUGGAUGAAAAUCUUUACACCUGUUGUUGAACAUCUGCAACUUCAAAUUCGUUUUAAUCUCAAGUCCAGAAAUGUUGAAAUCCGGACGUGUCCAGAUACUCCAGAUUUAUCAAAUCUUCAGAAAGCUGCUGAUUUUGUUAGAGCUUUCAUAAAUGGCUUUGAAGUCGAAGAUGCCUUAGCAUUACUGCGAUUAGAUGAUUUAUUUGUUGAAACUUUUGAAGUGCAGGAUGUGAAACCAUUGAAAGGCGAUCAUUUAUCUAGAGCGAUAGGCAGAUUAGCAGGUAAAGGAGGAAGAACGAAAUUCACAAUCGAAAAUGUAACAAAAACAAGAAUAGUAUUGGCAGAUAGUAAAAUCCAUAUACUAGGAUCUUUUCAAAAUAUUCAACUUGCACGAAGAGCCAUUUGUAACCUGAUCUUGGGAAGCCCACCAUCGAAAGUUUACGGUCAAUUAAGGAAUGUUGCUGGACGAAUAUCAGAGCGAUUGUAGAAAAGGAGGUGAAUAUAUUUUGAAAGAUUUUUUUUAUGACAUGACAUAUGUCACUACGAUAGAUCUUGUUCUGCAAUAACUAUCAACUGUCAGGUUUGUUUGUAUAAAUUAAUACGAUUGUGCUAUACGAAACUUGUUUUCACGUAAUGUAAAAGAUAUGUUGGACUUACAGUACAUAUUUCCAAUCACGAAUUAAACAUCAUACUUGUCGAACUCAAUAAUCCUAAUAUGUUGGCAACGUUAAUCUUCGCCGCAAUUUAACGUGCCCAGGGAAUCACCGGAGGUUCAACACUGAAUAAACAAAUGCUCAUUCAUUAAUUAUAGCAGUAUUUGAUACUUA